GCCUUGCUUCUCCCCCUAGUCGUAUAUGUCUAUAGAUAGUAUUAUUGAACGCCUCAGAUGCAUAUUGAAUGCAGGGCGAGGCUCGUUUGGCAACCUGAUCGUGUCCCAAGUGUCCCAGUGUCCCAGUGUCCUGGCAACGCGACUUUCUCCUCCUUCAUCCUGCGGUCCGAUCUUUGCCCCUCUGCGGAGAGAAAAGAGGCUGCCAUCUGUUUGCCCCCUCCUAUUGGCUCAGGCAGCAGUGCUGAUAUCCCUUGGAGCCUCUGAAAAGACCCUCAACGAGAUACACAAACAGCCUCGUCCCAUGUACUUCUGCUCGGCUGUGACUCUUGCGAUAUCAACAGUUAGCUAACCUCUUUUGCCCUGAAAGAGUGCCUAUAUAAGGGCGUCUACCCCUCUCUCUGGGUUCCUUCUUGAGUUGGACUUGCAACAACAACGACAACAACUCUCUUUCCAACCCUGACACUCAGCUCAGAGCUACCCCAGACGACUCUCCACCUCCCAGUCUACUAUAGACACAAUACUGAUCUCCUCCAGCGUCAUCUUCCAUCCUCACAACCACCCGCCACUCAAGAUGCGUCUCACAUCCGUCCUCGUCUCGGCCCUCAUCGGCCUCGCCGCAGGCCAGAACCCCGUCACCUUCCAGACCCAGGGCACCGUGGACGGCGGCUUCGCCAUCCCCGAGGACGUCGCGCCGGGCAUCUACAAGGUCUUCAUAGACACGGCCGGCGUCGCGCACCACGAGAAGAUCGGCGAGCCGGGCGCCGGCGCCGCCCCCGCGUCCCGCAUCGCCGAGACUGCAGCCGCCGCCGCCGUCCGGGACGGCGACAAUGCCCAGCUGACACUGGAGCCGCGGCUGGCGGCGUCGGCCAAGCUCGGCAAGCGCCAGGACGUCUUCUGGCAGUACAAGUGCCCGGACGGCAAGGACCGCGACCACACGCUCAACCACACCGACCUGACCGACGCCAUCGACGACCUCAAGAACCAGUGCGGCGACGACCUCAAGGUGCCCUCGGGCUGGCACAUCUACGCCACCCGCGGCAAGGUCGCCGCCUUCUUCUGCAACUUCCAGGGUCUGACCAACAACUGCAACCGGAACACCGUCGAGACCAAGCGCAAGGACAUCAUCCGGGAGUGCGGCGAUGACUGGGUUGCCGGCUGGGCUGACUGGAUCAUGUACAUCCCCGGCCACUCGUGGAGCAGCCUGUUCAGCUACGGCUACCACUCCAUCGGCGACAGCAAGAACUUCUGUGGCCGUGACCACUAAGGUACUCAGCUUUGGCUCACAGCCUUCACAUUGGGAUUGAUUGGCUUUUGGGGAUGGUUGCUUUGGUUAAAUUGAGCCCAAGAUUCUUUUGGAGUUUGGGGAUAACCGGAUAGGGGUAGCAAGGACCUAGAACAGACCACAGAGCAUUGUUUUUGAUUUCGGAAUCACUUGACCCUCCAGGUCCAAACCCUCA